UUUUGGAAUCCAUUGUAAGGAAAGGACUGGUUUUAUUUGUUAAGGUGAUAUUUCAGUAACUUAUCAUUUGUUGCAGUACAAAUGACGUUCAUGGAUUGUCAGAAGUUGUUUCUGUGAAGUUUUUCAGGUAACGUUAAGAGAAUGCCAUUACAUGGAAAAAUUGUUGUGAUUAAAAGGAGUGGUGUAGAUGGAACAGAAUUUCCUCUGACUGCAUCAUGCUUAUUUGGAAGAAAACCUGACUGCGAUAUUCGCAUUCAGAUUCCCCAAGUCUCCAAAGAGCAUUGCAGAAUAGAUUUGAAUGAAAAUAAAGAGAUCAUUCUGACGAAUUUAAGCUCUGUGAAUCUGACCCGUGUUAACGGAGAGGCUUUGCAGCAGUCUGAGCGUUUAAAACAUGGAGAUGUGAUCACUAUCGUUGACCGUUCUUUCAGGUUUGAGUACCCACCAGUGCCCACGCCAAAGAAGAGGACGUCCAUAGGAAGAAGUAAAAAGAUUCUGCAAGAUCAGCAUGCUGCACAUACAGCUACAGUUGAGUCAGGUGAGAAGAGGACAUCCGAAGUGGCCGCAGACCAUCAUCUCAAAGAUGGAACCAAUAAUGAUAACAUCCAGCGAUCUCUGGAGAAAAGUGCAGAGGUGGAAUCCAUAGAGGAUGGUAGUCUGCUUCAAAGCAGCAACAAUUCCCCCUUCAGUGAUCUGUAUCAAAUGAUCAGAACCUCUCUGGGUGCCAAACCUCAAAAAUCUCCAGCUGGACUGUUUCAGAUGCCUGCUUCCAUGUUUUACAGUUCAAAGCUUGGAUCAGUCAAAAAGGCAGAAAGAAAGUCUCUCUCUUCCACAGAAGUAAAAAAUACACCCAGGAACAAAGUCUGUCCUGGAGCGAUUUCAAACGAGGUUAAUGCUAAUGAGACGCCAAAGUCCAUUAAGCUGAGGAGAUCCAAUGAGGUUCCUGCUUCUCAGGUGAUCAAAGACCAAUCUGAAACGCAACAGGUUGCAAAACCUGAAGCUGUUCCAUGCCAGGAGAGUCACAAGAACGUUUCUAGUGGAACACCAGGGUCACCGUUGAGGAAGAGACGGAGGAGCAGCAGAGAGGCAGUGUCGGUCACACCUGGAAUAAGCGGGGAAGAAGUGGUGUCUGCUCCCAAGACUGAGCCUAUUACAAACGCAUCCCUAAAGGACACAGAAAAGGAACAAGACCAGAAUGGAGUGAAAGAGUUGACCGCAAAAUGCCAAAGUGGACCUCUUGCACCUGAGAUGCAAACUCCCCAGGAGAGGAAACGUGUUUCAUUCGGACGUUACCUAAGCCCAGAGUUAUUUGACAAACGCCUUCCUCCCAGCUCUCCGUUAAGAAAGGGGGCUGCUCCACGAAGGAGCUUACCCGUCUCUAAACCCAGGCGAUCACUCCUUAAAGCGUCAGUUAUUGGCUUGGAUGAGGCGUUUAAAGAAGAGGAUCCUGCAUCUGAUAGCCCAAAUGUGCACCAGACCGCCAAAAUGUGCUCGCCUUUGGCUACAAAAUCACCAAAAAUGCGGAAUGUUUCUCCAAAGACACCAAGAACUAUGUUCACUUCUCCCAAGACUCCAUCAGCUGGAAAGAGGUCUUCAUUCUCUAGUUCCACUUCCCUGAACAUGCUGUCACUGGGAGAGAAAUCACCAAAAUCUCAACCCACUUCUCCCAAGAUUCCAUCACCUGAAACAAAGUCUGCAAAAUCGAAGACUCGUUCUCCCAAGACACCACCUAAAACUGUGUCACCAAAAUCUCGUCCCACUUCUCCCAAGACUCCAUCACCUGAAACAAAGUCUGCAAAAUCGAAGACUGGUUCUCACAAAUCUCGGCCCACUUCUCCCAAGACUCCAUCACCUGUAACAAAGUCUGCUAAAUCGAGGAAUUGUUCUCCCAAGACUCUAGCUAAAACUGUGUCACCAAAAUCUCGUCCCACUUCUCCCAAGACUCCAUCACCUGUAACAAAGUCUGCUAAAUCGAGGAAUUGUUCUCCCAAGAGUCCACCUAAAACUGGGUUGCCAAAAUCACGGUCCACUACUCCCAAGAUUCCAUCGGCUGGGAAGUGUUCUUCAUACUGUGGUUCCACUUCUCUUAACACACCCUCAUCUGGAAAGAAAUUGCCAAAAUCUCGGUCCGCUUCUCCUAAACUCCAUCACCUGAAACUGAGUCAGCAAAAUCGAGGUAGUUCUCCCAGGCGAACAUCUACAAGGCAAAAAUCUCCUAAAUACAAAUUGGAGACACCUGAAGGCAGUGAACCACUUAAAUUUACAGCAUCAGCACAUCCUCAGCCAGUUAAUGAGAAAACUCCCACAAGAAGGAGAAGGUCAUCAUUGGUGGUGCCAUCACUUAAAACUCCUUUGCACUCAGAAGUCCAGACCUCCAUAGUGCAGGGGCGUUUCUCUGUUUCACGGAUUAACACCCCAUCACCAGUAGCCGAAGACACUGUCGCCAACUCUGCAAGUUUAACAACUGUAACCCCGAAAGUACCACUGAUGAGGAAAAGCAUGAAGAGAAGCUCACGGAAGAGCAGUGUGGCAAGCAGUGCUGUAAAAAUCAUGCGCCAAAGUAGCAUCUCGAGGGGAUCAAUGAAAGCGAUGAAUUCCUGGGCAAACAUAGUAAAAUUUGGGAAAACCAAGUUACAACCUCCUGUCCAAGCUCCAAAAAAGGUCAUCAAGCAGGCUAAGAAGAAGCCUGCAGCCAGACCUCAGACUCCUGCCAGAAAAUUCAAAGACUGUGUUAGCACUGGGCAUGCAGCUUCACCUGCCACUAUUGUUGUGGGCAGAGCUCACAAACAGAAGGUUGUAAACUCAACUGGUGCUCCUCUAAGAGUGAUCAGUAGUACAUUAGUACAGAAAAAGAACGUGAGCAUGGAUGAAGAUUUGACAGGCCUUGCCGAAAUGUUUAAAACCCCCAUAAAUAAGCAGACAAGGAACUCAAGCAUCAAUGACGCCAGUCCGAGCAAAACACCUCAGGGAAAUCUGGUGUCCUCUACAGUAGAGCCAUCACUUUUGAACACACCAGAGGAGCCAGGUGAAAUGGUCGUGUCUCCACUAAGUGUCGCAUCUGCUGUGAAAAGUAGAAUUUACAACAGUGAGGCAGUGCAUCGUCUCCUGCUUGGAGAUCAAGGAUCCAGCUCAGGCACUGAUGCCUUGGAGAGUCCCAGUAAAGAGCAGGACACAGAUCUGAUGCCAGAUUCUGUAACAACUCCCAAACAGAAGUUAGAAUUACAACAGUGUUUGACUGGGGUUAAAUGCAUCAUGAAGACUCCAAAGCAAAUGGCUGAACCAGUAGAGGACAUCAGAGGGAAGCUUCUCGUAACUCCUAGCCUGAAGCCUGAACAGCCAGAGUGCUUCACUGGAGUCAAGAGGAUGAUGAAGACCCCUGAACUGAAGCCUGAAGAGCCAGAAUGUCUCACUGGAGUCAAGAAGAUGAUACAGGCCCCUAAACAGAUGCCUGAACAGUCAGAAUGUCUCACUGGAGUCAAGAAGAUGAUGAAGACGCCUGAACAGUCAGAAUGUCUCACUGGAGUCAAGAAGAUGAUACAGACGCCUGAACAGACAGAAUGUCUCACUGGUGCCAAGAAGAUGAUACAGACGCCUGAACAGAUGCCUGAACAGUCAGAAUGUCUCACUGGUGCCAAGAAGAUGAUACAGACGCCUGAACAGAUGCCUGAACAGUCAGAAUGUCUCACUGGUGCCAAGAAGAUGAUACAGACGCCUGAACAGAUGCCUGAACAGUCAGAAUGUCUCACUGGAGUCAAGAAGAUGAUGAAGACGCCUGAACAGUCAGAAUGUCUCACUGGAGUCAAGAAGAUGAUGAAGACGCCUGAACAGUCAGAAUGUCUCACUGGAGUCAAGAAGAUGAUGAAGACGCCUGAACAGUCAGAAUGUCUCACUGGAGUCAAGAAGAUGAUACAGACGCCUGAACAGUCAGAAUGUCUCACUGGAGUCAAGAAGAUGAUGAAGACGCCUGAACAGCCAGAAUGUCUCACUGGUGCCAAGAAGAUGAUGCAGACCCCUAAACAGACGCCUGAACAGCCAGAAUGUCUCACUGGUGCCAAGAAGAUGAUGCAGACCCCUAAACAGACGCCUGAACAGCCAGAAUGUCUCACUGGUGCCAAGAAGAUGAUGCAGACCCCUAAACAGACGCCUGAACAGUCAGAAUGUCUCACUGGUGCCAAGAAGAUGAUGCAGACCCCUAAACAGACGCCUGAACAGUCAGAAUGUCUCACUGGUGUCAAGAAGAUGAUGCAGACCCCUAAACAGACGCCUGAACAGUCAGAAUGUCUCACUGGUGUCAAGAAGAUGAUGCAGACCCCUAAACAGACGCCUGAACAGUCAGAAUGUCUCACUGGUGUCAAGAAGAUGAUGCAGACCCCUAAACAGACGCCUGAACAGUCAGAAUGUCUCACUGGUGUCAAGAAGAUGAUGCAGACCCCUAAACAGCCAGAAUGUCUCACUGGUGCCAAGAAGAUGAUGCAGACCCCUAAACAGAUGCCUGAACAGCCAGAAUGUCUCAAUGGAGUCAAGAAGAUGAUGCAGACCCCUAAACAGACGCCUGAACAGUCAGAAUGUCUCACUGGAGUCAAGAAGAUGAUGAAGACGCCUGAACAGCCAGAAUGUCUCACUGGUGCCAAGAAGAUGAUGCAGACCCCUAAACAGACGCCUGAACAGCCAGAAUGUCUCACUGGUGCCAAGAAGAUGAUGCAGACCCCUAAACAGACGCCUGAACAGCCAGAAUGUCUCACUGGUGCCAAGAAGAUGAUGCAGACCCCUAAAGGUGCCAAGAAGAUGAUGCAGACCCCUAAACAGACGCCUGAACAGUCAGAAUGUCUCACUGGUGUCAAGAAGAUGAUGCAGACCCCUAAACAGACGCCUGAACAGUCAGAAUGUCUCACUGGUGUCAAGAAGAUGAUGCAGACCCCUAAACAGCCAGAAUGUCUCACUGGUGCCAAGAAGAUGAUGCAGACCCCUAAACAGAUGCCUGAACAGCCAGAAUGUCUCAAUGGAGUCAAGAAGAUGAUGAAGACCCCUAAACAGACGCCUGAACAGUCAGAAUGUCUCACUGGUGUCAAGAAGAUGAUGCAGACCCCUAAACAGACGCCUGAACAGUCAGAAUGUCUCACUGGUGUCAAGAAGAUGAUACAGACGCCUGAACAGUCAGAAUGUCUCACUGGUGUCAAGAAGAUGAUACAGACGCCUGAACAGUCAGAAUGUCUCACUGGUGUCAAGAAGAUGAUACAGACGCCUGAACAGUCAGAAUGUCUCACUGGUGCCAAGAAGAUGAUACAGACGCCUGAACAGCCAGAAUGUCUCACUGGUGCCAAGAAGAUGAUGCAGACCCCUAAACAGACGCCUGAACAGCCAGAAUGUCUCACUGGUGCCAAGAAGAUGAUGCAGACCCCUAAACAGAUGCCUGAACAGCCAGAAUGUCUCACUGGUGCCAAGAAGAUGAUGCAGACCCCUAAACAGAUGCCUGAACAGUCAGAAUGUCUCACUGGUGCCAAGAAGAUGAUGAAGACGCCUGAACAGCCAGAAUGUCUCACUGGUGCCAAGAAGAUGAUGCAGACGCCUGAACAGCCAGAAUGUCUCACUGGUGCCAAGAAGAUGAUGCAGACCCCUAAACAGAUGCCUGAACAGUCAGAAUGUCUCACUGGAGUCAAGAAGAUGAUGAAGACGCCUGAACAGCCAGAAUGUCUCACUGGUGCCAAGAAGAUGAUGCAGACCCCUAAACAGAUGCCUGAACAGCCAGAAUGUCUCACUGGUGCGAAGAUGAUGAUGAAGACGCCUGAACAGCCAGAAUGUCUCACUGGAGUCAAGAAGAUGAUGCAGACCCCUAAAGGAAAGGCAGAACCAGUAGAGGACAUCAGGGGGAAACUUCUCAUAACUCCCAAACUGAAGCUUGAACAGCCUGAAUGUCUUACUGGAGUCAAGAGGAUGAUGAAGACCCCUAAAGGAAAGGCAGAACCAGUAGAGGACAUCAGGGGGAAGCUUCUCAUAACUCCCAAACUGAAGCCUGAACAACCAGAAUGUCUCACUGGAGUGAAAAGAAUUUUUACCACACCUAAACAGCGAGUAGAACCCCUUGAGGACCUACGGGGAAAAAUUCUGAAAACUCCGAAGGAGAAAAGUGCCCCUGUUGAUGACUUCAUUGGUGUCAAGAGGCUGAUGAAAACUCCCAAAGAAAAGGGUGAACCUGUUGUGGACAACUUCGGCAUCAAGAGGCUGAUGAAGUCACCAAGGCUCAGGGGUGUUGCUCCAGCGGAAGAUUUUGAAGGCCUUCAAGAGCUCAUGGAGGAGCCACUGGUGAACCCCUCAGAGCAGAUGGACAGAAAUGAGGUCAGGGAUCUAACAUCUCAAGAUGAAGGAUCAGACACUGCAAAAGUGCUCUCUGAAGAUCAGCCUUCACAAAUCACAGAUAAUGGUAGACAAGUUGAAGUGAAAAAAGAUGAGACAGAUUCAUCCGGAGUGGUGGAAGUCACCCCCCAGGAACUUGAAGAGCUCAAUCCGCUUGAUGCAGAGAUGAAGAUGGUUUGCAGUGACUCUGGCAGUCAGGGGAAGUCUGUUCGAGGCAGACGCCCAAAAACUGUACAGUCUGAACCAGUUGAAGAGAUGGUUGCACAACAUUUUGAAGACACAGUGACUGCUGCACCAGCACGGGGAAGAAGAGGAAGGAAAGCUACAGUUGCUCCACAGCCAGCUGUUCAACAGCCCACACGAGGCAGAAACCCAAAAUCUACUGAACAUCAUGAUGUUCAACUCACAGCUGAGCCGGAACCUGCUGAAGUUACUCCGAAGCCCACCAGAGGGAGAAAAGCCAGAAAAGCUGCUGAUGAGCAAACUAAACCAAUGCAAGAGGUUACAGCUGACGCUGAACACGUGCCUCAAGCUGUGAGUGACCAGACUCCCCCAGAUGAUGUUCAUGACAAAUUAAACGAUGACGCACCACCUGCUCUGAAGGAAGUUGUCACGAAGCCGAGGCGAGGAAGAAAACCCAAACAAACAUCUGUUGAAAAGAAAGUUCAGCUGUCUCUCAGGCCGUCAGAUACCAUGGAUGAAGUGACCCGCCUCGACAAAGACAAAGAGACUAAUGAAGCCUGUGACCAACCGGAAGUGUCGCCCAGUGGAAACGAUGAGGAUAAAUCCGAUGUCACGGAAACUGUUUCUCCUGCAACUGUAAAUGAGAAUCUACCCAAAAAGGAAACAACUUGCAAAAUUGUGGAAGUGGACACGGGCAGCUGUAAUCCUGACACUGGCAAGAAAUCCGUUCGAGGCCGAAAGCCAACUGUGGCAGCAUCGAAAGCACUUGUUGACAAACAGGAGGUAGCAGAAACUUUUGACAAACCUGCUGCUCCAGUCAUUAAAAGAAGAGGGAGGAAACCUGUAGGUGCUGCAGUACCUUCUGUGCGACAGACCACAAGAAAGAACAAAAACACAAAGUCAGAAACAAGUGAGGAACAAGAGGAGAGCAUAGCUGCUGAAGCUGCUUUUGAGCCAAAAGUAAGCGUAAAAAAUACUGCAGCAACUUCUGAUGAUCAGCCUCAGUUGGGAUCAGACGUGGCUGCUGAAGUAGCUAUGCAGAAUAAUUCCUCUGUAGACUUAAUUCAAGAAGAACAUGACUCUGCUGCACUGGAAGAAGUAGUGUUAAAGCCCAGAAGAGGGAGGAAAUCUAAAAAAGCUUCUCUUGAAUCUGCACAGGCGGUGCCAGAAAAACAUCAAAGUGUCGUUGAGCAACAUGUAGCUGAUAGUGAAACUCAAGAGCCCAUUGCCAUUAUCGGAAAACAGCAAGUUAGGAGAGGGCGAAAGAUGAACCAGGCUUCAGUGGCAACAGACACUUUGGAGAAUAAGCAGCAGCCUCAACCUCCAGCAAGGGCAAAGAGAGGAAGAAGUACCAAACAGGAAGCAGAACAGCUAGACGAUGGUGGUGAAGGUCCUUCAGGUGAGGAGGCCACAGCAGAUAUCGCUGAAAAACCCAGAAGAGCAGGCCGAAAAGCAAAAGACUCCACUGAGGUCCAGGAUGAGCCUGUGGUCAACCCCACAGAGAAGCCCACACGAGGUAGGAGAGGAAAAGCAAAAACAGCCGAACAGGUUCAGACAAUUGCCAAACUACCUGAAGAUAUGGUUGUCCAGGAGGGUGAAGAAAACAAAAAUGCUGAUUCUGCCAAUACAAUGGCUCUUAAACUGCCAGAUACUUCUGUCAUCAAAUCCAGAAGGGGGUUGAAAACAUCAGCCAAGAACGAGGUUUUGCAAACUAUUCCACUUAGGAGAGGUCGUCGAGGUUCAACCAGCGCCACAGAGGACGGUCAUGCAAAACCUGAGGCUCCUGUUUCAGUUGAGCAUGCUACAAAGAGGAGGCGUGCAGCGGCAACACCCGCUGAAGAUUCUGAAGAGAGCAGCUCUAUGGCUGUGGCUAAGGCAGACAAAGAUUGUUCUGGAAUGAAAGAUGUUGAGGCAAAAAUGUCCAAAAAAUGUGUGUCGUGGAAGUUACACACUGAAGUUUUUGAGUUUUCAAACCCAACUCCUGUAAAGGCAACUCGAGGCAAGAGGUGUAAACCUGAAGACCAAGAUGAUGACACGUCGACAUCAAAACGAGUUCCUGCUAAACGGGGUCGGAGCGCAAAAUCCACAUUGCCGUCUGCCGGUGAAAUUCCCAAGAGUGAUCACAAGCCUCUGUUAAAUCAAACCGAUGAGUGUCAGUCCAGCAAGCGAGCCAGGCGAGGGCCAAGGGUCACCGAGAUGACCGCUGAAGAAGUCGCGCCCACAAACAAGCGCAGGGUGAAUCCUAAGAAAGGCGCUGCUGCCGAGGCUGUUAAAGCUGAGACUCAACCAACAAGACGAGGAAGAUCGGCAAAGAAAUAAGUCUGUACAGUUACUUUUUUUUCCACAAAAUGUUUUGUUUGUUUUUAAAAGUAGUUUUAGGU